CUCUUACCGAAAUUCAAACCAUAUCGUAGAUUACACGUGCAUUUAAACUCAGCAAGAAAGUCUUCUAUUUGCCAACGAAUGUCAACCGACCAAGGUCCCGGCAGCCAGGUCGUUCAAGUAGCCGGCUCAACUAAACUUGGCGAUCUGCUUCUGCCCAAAGCAUGCGAGAACUGUAAAAUCCGAAAGAUACGGUGUGACAAGUCUUCACCCUGUUCCAGCUGUCAGAUAGCGAAGCUACCAUGCCGUGUAGCAUCGAAAAACACAGACAGCAGACCACGAGCCCCUGCUUCCACCUACCAUGAUAAGCACUUCAGUCUAAUCCACGAGAGUCUGCGUGAAAUCAAAGAGAGACUAGGAAAGCUUGAAUCGAAUCAAGUAACUUCCGCUUUAGCCUCCUCACCUGACCUCUGCAUCGUUGCGACCGAAUCCGAGUCUCCAUUCGUACCCGAGACUGCUUUCCAGAGCGAGACUUCAUUCGACAGCCAUUCGGUGCAAGCAUCUGUGACAGCAGAAUACUCUGCAGCAGAAGUCGUGCACAAUGAUCUGGACCAGGAGAUCCAUGCUUCUCUUACAGCCCUGAAGUCGCUUCUUCGAGGUCAAGGAACACCAUCACCUUCAAACAACUUGUCGUUUCCACGAGCCGCGACGAAAGCAAACGUGCCAAAAGUUGAGCUUCCGCCUAUGCACAUUAUUAUCGAAGUGUUGAAGAAAGCUUCCUCACGAAUACCACUUGUGAUUCUCCAUAGCGGACUCCGAGACGAUUCCCUGCUGGAGGAACUCUGCAAGAAAAUAUACUUUCCGACCAAGCAUGUCUCAAAAGGAGAGAUCACCCUCAUGAAUGGAUUACUAUUCUAUGUCUUCGCGGAAUACUGCAUGGAGGAUGGCCCUUCCAACACUCUCUAUCCCACGUACGCCAAGCUCUGCGAGAAGAACUUCGUUGCUGGACUUCAGGAUUACGGUUGUUUGGUAACACCGACUCUGGAAAACAUCCAGUCAUUACUACUCGGUGCCUUGAAGGCACAAGAAGACUCCCGCCCAGCUCUCUGCUGGACAUUCGUUUCCACCGGCGCCCGCCUCUGCCAAAUCCUAGGCUACCACCGCGAAGCCGUUAUAGCUCGAGAUCCUCCCAAGCUAGCAGAAGCAAAACGACACGUAUUCUGGAUGCUUUACAUGAUCGAUAAAACGCUCUCGCUUAAUCUAGGUCACACUUCUAACUUCCCCAGUCACGAUAUCGAUGUCAACAUGUAUUCCCCAUCCGAGAAUCCCAAAGUUGCGCCGUGGAAUCGGGUGAUGAUUUUAUUCGCUGAGUUUUCGAAAUUGCAAGGGAGGCUAUACGACGAGUUGUAUUCGGUGAGAGCGAGGAGGGAAAUGGCGGAUGCGAGAGCGAGGACUAUUGAGGAGCUUGUUACGUGCUUUUACAAGUGGCAUGCUGAGUUCAAACAGAUUGAUACAGAAGGUGCACAAUGCAAAAGUGACCUAGAUAUCAUCAUCGGGUCCUCAGACUUCAUCUUCUACUCCGUCCUGACAAUCCUCUACGGAGCUCAGACGUCCCCAGCAGCAGCGAUCAGGAUCAGUUCUCAGCGAUACGAGGUAGCGCGACUGAGUCUAGAGUGUCACGUCCAGAACUGGACAAGACUGUCUCCGAACGAUAUUUCGAAAUGUGGGAUAUACUCAGACUGGUGAGUACUCCUUACACACAAGUGAAAUUGAUAAAAUUGACAAUACCACCAGGCUCAUUGACUACGCCUCUUUCGCCCCCUUCCUCGUAGUCUUCACGCACGCCAUAGCCGCUCACUCCCAAAUCGACGUAACGCUCCUCUCCCAAACCCUCACAACCCUCGAGUCCAUGCGCAGUCGCUCCGAAACACAUACCAAGCUCUGUCAAAAAUGCCGCGUCUUCCUUCGCUUCGCCAAAGCCUUUGUACAGACGCAUAAUCCGCCCUCGGGCUUCCAGAACGAGGAAGAUGGGUCUUUUGUUUUCUCUACCGCAGCGACGGCGAUGGGCGACCCUGCUGGAUAUCUUGGGGAUCUGGGUGCUAGUAUGGACUUUCCGGAUUACUAUAGAUUAGGGGCUGGCCAUGAAGAUUUGGAGUCGAUGUCUGCGUUUUUGGGGAGCUGUUUUGGAGAAGGGUCAGCGAUGGGUGGAAUUUGGACCACCGGUUACCAAGGCGACCCCUGAGCUCAAGCUAUCCUGGGAAAGUAAUAGUACUGAUCGAAGUUUACAGUAGUCAGAAUGACAUUAGUUCGUGCGUGUGAAUCCCACCACAGUCGACGGUCUGACAUCCAUUUGCCAAUUCCUGUACGGAUAUCAUCCCAUGUAAACCGGUAACUGGCUCCCGAAAUACUCAAUCGGCACCCUCUCGCCGGGCACGAAGAAGUGGCAAGCACCCCAACAAAAAGCCCUCAUCAUCAUUACUACCCAAGCAUCAACAAUCAUUUGCCGAUCAUGGAACCCCGUCUUCCUCAUUUCCUCAACAAUUUGCGGCAACACCCUAAAGUAGCCAUCCACAUCAGCCUUGUAAUCAGCUCCCAAGUUCCGCAACAUAGAAGUCUCGCCAUCCUCUUUAAACACGGCGUGCUUGAUGUGAAUCCUGAGGAGAUGGUGAUAUCGGAAUGAGUGCUGUUGUUCCCAUUCGUUGAGAAGUUUCGUGUAUGUUGUGAGAGUGUCUUGGACAAGAUCGAGAUAUCUAGGAUCACGAGUCACGACCCAUGAUUCGUCUUGUAAGCUAUACUCGUCUGUAUGGUCCCAGGCUGCAUACUUGGUGCCGAUGUCGUGACAAAUUUGUAGCGCCUGUAAUGUGUAAGGACCUACGUCCUUGUGAUGAACGACAACGUAUUCUUCCAAACAUAACCGGAAAGCUCUCCUUCCAACAGAGCUAGUCGUCACUCCAUGCACAUUUUCACUUGGCGCAGGGAUCUGAACUAGACAUGAGCCUCGAUAACGACUUGGCUGGGUAGUGAGUGCAACCAAAUCCGCAACUCGAAAGCGAAAUUCAGGGUUCUCUUUUAGAAUUUGGCUCAGUGCAGCAGACGAUGAGCCGCUACGAUCAAGAUAGCUCAAAGCGGCGACAAUCUCACUCUGCGUAGAAACAGUGAGAUCGGGGAGACCAAGUAAGGGCUCGGUCCUGACAACUCCACACCCCAGUCUGUCGGCGCUUGCGCGGGGUAUAUAUAUCUCUUCUUGUUCUGGCAGGAUUGAUCCCGUCACCAGUCUCUUUCGGAAAUGGUUCUGCUCCGCCAUACGAAGUCGCUGAUUUCUUCCAGUGUACGAAUACUGUAGGACAAUUCCAAGCGAUCUCACCACCGUCGAUGUGAUGAUGUGGGAAUGCCCUUCCGCUCGCAAGAUCCCGUCAGAGGGCCUGAAGUCUUUCCAUUUCAUCCCCAUGCGCCGUGCUAGAACUGCAAUGUCCGACAGUGUCGUUUUGGCAAGUGGCCUCACGACAUCGGGAGGCUGAAAGGCCCAAGAUCGCUCUCGAAAUACCACCGCAGGUAGGCGUAAGUUGGGAUCAGGAUAGUCAAUCAUUUCCCUCGGUAACUCCUCAUGAUCUAGACAAGCUUGGGUAUUUUCGUGAAUCCAAUGAAGGAACGGCACCCAGCAAGCCAACUCACCACGAUUUCCUUUCUUUUUCUUCUCUGACUGCGCAGGCAGUCGUUCUCGGCGACGUCCCGCACCACGUCGAGCUUGAUACUGAGUCACGUAAUCGUCCUGUGGAGCCUCCAUCAACAUCUCAUCAAAGUCCAUAGACACUACCGGUACCAGCGACUUUUCCCUCGACAAUUUACUGCCUGUAAGUAAAACCUGUCCUCUUCUGCUCAAUGCUCCAUCACCAACCAGUGAGAUCUCGGGGAUGGUAUAGAGAGUUUCGAACCGGAAUUCUCGCCACCUCCAAUGCAGUCUCGUCUUACGAGCAUACUCCCCCAUGACAUAUUUGUGGCAUCUUCGGUAGCCAUCGGCGGUUGAAAAGUAUUGCUGAAGCAAUUGACCAACCGCGGUCGCAAGGGCGACGAGCGCGAUUGCAAGCGCCGCGCCAGCGAGUUUGGCAUCUGUGUUGUUCGACAUUGUAGAUCAACUGGUUGAAUUGAGGCCAAACAAUUUUCAUCUACGCAGCGAUGAAUUGAUACGUGCUUAUAGCCCUUGCGUGUUUGUGCUUCCACGUCCCAACCUCAGGUGUCGCGACGCGGUACACUGAAAGAAUUCCAUUGACCUAGGACUGAUUGGAGUUUAGCUGCACAAAAUAGGAUUAAAUUGCUGCGUGUAAGAGUAUUGGUGAGAUUGAGAGCAUAUAAUUAUUGCUUGUUUGAGAUGUAUC